AUGGCAGAGACUUUCGCCUUCAAUGCUGACAUCCAGCAGCUGAUGAGCUUGAUCAUCAAUACAUUCUACUCCAACAAAGAGAUCUUCCUCAGGGAGUUGAUUUCCAAUGCUUCUGAUGCCUUGGACAAGAUCCGCUACGAGUCCAUCACUGACCCUGACAAGAUUGAGGCGCAGCCGAAUUUCUUCAUCAAGAUCAUUCCAGACAAGACGAACUCCACCUUGACCAUUGAAGACUCUGGCAUCGGCAUGACCAAGAACGAGUUGAUCAACAACUUGGGCACCAUUGCGAAGUCAGGGACAAAGGCUUUCAUGGAGGCAAUGGCAGCUGGCGGUGACAUCAGCAUGAUCGGACAGUUUGGUGUCGGCUUCUACAGUGCCUAUUUGGUUUCAGACAAGGUGCGAGUCAUCAGCAAACACAACGAUGACGAGCAAUACAUCUGGGAGAGUGGCGCUGGCGGCUCUUUCACCGCGCAGAAGGACACAGAGCUUGUGCAUGGCGAAAUUAAGAGAGGAACAAAAAUCAUUUGCUAUCUCAAGGAGGAUCAGUCAGAGUUCCUUGAGGAGCGCCGCUUGAAGGACUUGGUCAAGAAACACUCUGAGUUCAUUGGCUUCCCCAUCGAACUCUACGUGGAGAAGAGCAAGGAGAAGGAAGUCACAGACAGCGAAGAUGAAGGUGAGGCCGAGGAAAAGAAGGAAGAAGGCGAUGAACCAAAGAUUGAAGAAGUGGAUGAGGAGAAGGAAAAGGAGGAGAAGAAAAAGAAGACAAAGAAAGUUAAAGAAGUGUCCCACGAGUGGGAACAACUCAACAAGAACAAACCUCUGUGGAUGAGGAAGUCGGAAGACGUCACAAAUGAAGAGUACGCAAGCUUCUACAAGUCCUUAUCCAACGACUGGGAGGAUCACCUUGCCGUGAAGCACUUCAGCGUGGAGGGUCAGCUUGAGUUCCGUGCUUUGUUGUUCGUUCCUCGCAGGGCUCCUUUCGAUCUCUUCGAAACCAAGAAGAAGAGGAACAACAUCAAACUCUACGUGCGAAGAGUUUUCAUCAUGGACGACUGCGAGGAACUGAUGCCCGAGUGGCUGAACUUUGUGAAGGGCGUCGUGGAUUCCGAGGAUCUGCCACUGAACAUCUCCCGUGAGACCUUGCAGCAGAACAAGAUCCUGCGAGUGAUCAAGAAGAAUCUCGUGAAGAAGUGCUUGGAGAUGUUCGCAGAGAUCGCAGAGAAGAAGGAUGACUACAAGAAAUUUUACGAAGCAUUUGGCAAGUGCCUGAAGCUUGGGGUGCAUGAAGAUUCCACCAACCGCACCAAGAUUGCAGAGCUCCUUCGCUUCCACACCUCCAAGUCUGGCGAUGAGCAGAUCAGCCUGAAGGAGUACGUGGACCGCAUGAAGGAAGGACAGAACGACAUCUUCUACAUCACUGGCGAAAGCAUUGCUGCAGUGUCUUCCUCUCCAUUCUUGGAGACCCUCCGCAAGAAGGGAAUCGAAGUGCUGUACAUGGUUGACCCAAUUGAUGAGUAUGCAACUCAGCAGCUGAAGGAGUUCGAUGGCAAGAAGCUGAAGAGCACCACCAAGGAGGGUCUCGACAUCGAUGACGAGGAUGAGAAGAAGAAGAUCGAGGAACUGAAAGCGGAAUUUGAGCCAUUGACCAAACUCAUGAAGGAGGUGCUUGGCGACAAGGUGGAGAAGGUCCUCGUCAGCUCUCGCAUGGCAGACUCUCCUUGUGUGUUGACCACCUCCGAGUACGGUUGGUCUGCCAACAUGGAACGCAUCAUGAAAGCUCAAGCCCUUCGUGACAACUCCAUGACUUCCUACAUGGUCUCUAAGAAGACUAUGGAAGUGAACCCAAAGCAUUCCAUUAUGGUUGAGCUUAAGAAGAAGGCAGCUGCAGACAAGUCCGACAAGACAGUGAAGGAUUUGAUCUGGCUGCUCUUCGACACCUCGCUCUUGACAUCUGGCUUCAACCUGGAUGAGCCCACUCAGUUCGCUGGCCGCAUCCACCGCAUGAUCAAACUUGGCCUCUCCAUCGAUGAUGAUGACGAGGGCCUUGGUGACGACGAUGACUUGCCACCUCUCGAGGAGGUGGAGGGAGCUGCGGAUGAGGCCUCGAAGAUGGAGGAAGUGGACUAG